AUGUUAUUACAAAACAAAUUCAUAUAGCUAAAAAAGCUUGUGCAUAAGAUCAGUGGCACAAAUAUUUAUAAAUUUGCUGACACUUGUAUUCCAUAACCCUAAUAUUAGUUGUUAUCAUCUUUAAAGAAGCGCACUUGUUCCUUUUUUGUAUCAAUUACAAUUUGAACAGAUAUAAAAUGACUACUAAAAUGGCGAUAAAUGCAAAGGAUAUUUUCCGCAAUCAACAUCGCCUGAUACGCUUCAUUGAGCAAUCUAUCCGAUUGUGCAGCAAUCAAUCGCUAAAAGCAGCAAGGCAGAAAUUAAGCGAAAACCAAGCAGAUGACUUUAAAAUCACCUCCUCGGUCAACACAGAGUACUCACAUUCUCUGGAGCCAAUUAAGCAUGACAAGGACCUUGGACAUUUAUUCAAAGCAUCACAGUUGACGGUCCGUCUCGCCUCGCCACAGCAACUGCAACCGAAGCCUGAUAAUGAUGAAGCACUGGGAUUUGGCAAACUCUUCACUGAUCAUAUGCUUAAGAUUUAUUACCAUAAAAGUUUGGGUGGCUGGCAGAAACCUGAGAUCACACCCCUUGAGAAUCUAGUUAUGCAUCCAGCAGCCAAGGUCCUUCAUUAUGCAGUAGAGCUUUUUGAAGGAAUGAAAGCGUAUCGUGGAGUAGAUGGAAAAAUCCGCAUAUUUCGGCCCGACAUGAACAUGCAUCGCAUGAAUCUGGCUGCCAUGCGCUCCGGCCUUCCUACAUUCGAGGGCAAGGAGUUUGUCGCCUGCCUAUCUCGCCUUCUAUCUAUUGACUCAGAAUGGGUUCCACAUACAGACACAGCUAGCUUAUACAUAAGACCCACUCUAAUCGGCAUCGACCCAACCUUGGGUGUUGCAUCUUCCGACUCUGCUCUGCUCUACUCCAUACUCAGUCCGGUAGGUAGCUACUUCAAGUCGGAUAGCAGCGGAGCCGUUUCACUACUGGCCGAUCCCAGCUAUACCCGCGCUUGGCCCGGAGGUGUAGGAAAUCGUAAAAUGGGCUCUAACUAUGCCCCUACCAUCAAUGUACAAAAGGAAGCGGCGGCUCGCGGCCUGCAGCAAGUUUUGUGGCUCUACGGCGAAGAUCAUCAACUAACUGAAGUUGGCACGAUGAACAUUUUUAUGUUCUAUAUAAACGAUAAAGGAGAACAAGAGCUGAUUACACCUCCCCUAAAUGGUCUUAUUCUACCAGGAAUUACACGUGACUCUAUUCUGGGUUUGGCACGCCAGUGGGGAAAGUUUAAGGUGUGCGAGGGUGUCAUUACAAUGCCCAAGGUCUGCGAACUGCUUAAUCAAGGACGACUCCUGGAGCUCUUUGGAACUGGCACUGCCUGCGUGGUGAGCCCUAUAAGCCGCAUCAACUACAUGGGUCAGGACUUGUAUAUACCAACAAUGGAGCAAGAGAAGCCGGUGCAUGAACGCAUACGCGAAACACUAACUGAUAUACAAUAUGGCAGGGUGGAUCAUCCUUGGUCGGUCGUUAUUGACUAAGAUGUGGGCACAUUAUCCCGGUGUACGGUUGCAAAGCAAUCGUGCACGUCAUUGUAUUAGUAGGCUAUAGCGAAAUAGUUUUGUGGGUUGCCAGUGUUCUCGAAUUAUUCGUGCUGCAUUUACUUAAAGAGCGUUUAUAGUGUUAAGUAGUUAGUAGUCAGUUAGUAAAUAUACAUAUGUACCACAGUAUAAAUCUACAUUGGACUAGUUUUACCCUACAAUUAAUGUAAUGCCAAGAAAGUACUAUGACAGACACAAUAGAGCUCGAACACUCAGAUAUAUUAUAAUACAAAAGUAAGGACUUGCAGUCAAAUGCGUGGGAUCUAUACAGUACUAGUGCUCUCAAAUACUUUUAAAUUCACAACACCAAUUUAUUUAUUUGUUUUUUUUUUAACUUUUCAAUUUUUCAAACUAUUAAAAAUUUUUGUACAUGCUUUGUA